AUGCAUUGGAAGCACCGAUUGAACUUCUUGGCAACAAUUUCCAUUGGCGGUGGAGCGCGCAUUCUCCGUAGGGCGCAGAAUGUAUGCAAAACGGCUCUGACCUCUUAUGCAGUUCACCUUGCACAGAGUGCACGCGCCAUUUUUCUUCUAAUCGUACAUCUGCACACGGUGUACUUGUGUCUUUAUUCUUGCCGCAUUUCAGAACAUAAGUUCAUGAAGUUGUAUGUAUCCUACGAAUAG